UAGCAACUGUGCUAAUCUCAAGACUCAAGCUAUUUCUGUCUCAGUGGAAAAAUACAGCAGGGAAGUGGUUGGCUAUAUCUUGGACCUUUGACAGAGCCAAAUAGUUUUUUUCCAGCAUGGUGCGCAGAGCAGCGCGACAAUAGCCAGGACCACAGAGGAGCCAAAGGAAAACAAAGCUGCUUGUCUCGUUUUUCCCUCUUCUUAUACUCUGGCUCUGCUCAUGACAUGUUUGUGUGGUGAACCCAGCUGAGAGGAAUACUGAUCACUCCGCUGCUGAUCGAACCAAUGGAGGGGGAUUUUCUCAAAGGAAACAGUCCUGAGGUGCCAGCUCCAGAUAACAGGCUUCUGAAGAAGAACCAGCUGCUGGACCGGGGCCAAUGGGCGAGCAAGUUAGAGUUCAUGCUGGCAGUGGCAGGGACCCUGGUCGGGCUGGGAAACCUCUGGAGGUUCCCCUAUCUGUGCUACAAGAACGGUGGAGGUGCAUUUCUAGUUCCAUAUGUCUUGUUUCUGCUCGCUUGUGGUAUCCCUAUGUUCCUCCUGGAGACGGCCAUGGGACAGUUCACGUCCCAGGGGUGCAUCACCUGCUGGAGGCACUUCUGCCCCUUGUUUGAAGGGAUCGGGUAUGCUACCCAGGUGGUGAUUGCAUACGCUGCCGUGUCGUACAUCGUCAUCCAGGCUUGGGCCUUCUUCUACCUCUUCUCAUCUUUUAGUGCCGAGGUUCCGUGGGCCAGCUGCAGAAACACCUGGAACACAGAGUCUUGUGUUGAAUUUGAUAAAACAAAUUUUUCCUCCAACUGGACAGCAAACGCAACAACACCUGCAACAGAAUUCUGGGAGAGACGAGUACUGGGUAUAUCUCAAGGGAUUGAGGAGGUUGGUAGCCUGAGGUGGGAGUUGGCCUUGUGUCUCCUGCUGGCGUGGAUCCUGUGCUACUUCUGUGUUUGGAAAGGAGUUCGAUCCACUGGAAAGGUAGUUUACUUUACAGCCACUUUCCCAUACGUGAUGUUGGUGGUUCUGUUGGCUCGUGGACUCACUUUACCAGGAGCCGUGAAUGGCAUAGCUUUCUACCUGUAUCCUGACCCUACAAGGUUGGUCGACCCUCAAGUUUGGAUGGAUGCAGGUGCACAAGUUCUCUUCUCUUUUGGCAUAUGUCAGGGGAGUUUGACUGCUCUGGGAAGUUACAAUCAGUAUAACAAUGAUUGUUACAAAGAUACAUUUGUUCUUUGUUUGGUGAAUGGCAUGUCCAGUUUUGUGGCAGGGUUUGCAAUCUUUUCCGUUUUGGGAUUCAUGUCGUAUGAACAAGGACUGCCCAUAUCUGAAGUAGCUGCCUCUGGUCCUGGCUUGGCAUUUAUUGCUUAUCCACGUGCAGUAGCCAUGAUGCCUCUACCUCAGUUGUGGGCUAUAUGCUUCUUCGUCAUGGUCAUCUUGUUGGGUGCAGAUACACAGUUUGUCAGUCUGGAGUGCCUGAUGACGUCGGUGACAGACAUGUUUCCUACAGUUUUUCGAAGAGCUUAUCGUAGGGAGUUGCUGCUCCUUUGUCUCUGCUCUGUGUGCUUCUUUCUCGGCCUCCUCCUCGUCACAGAGGGGGGCUUGUAUUUCCUUCAACUCUUUGACCAUUAUGUUUGCAGCGGCAACAAUCUUCUCCUCCUGUCAGUGUGUCAGUCGAUAGCGAUUGGAUGGAUAUACGGUGCAGACCGUCUCUAUGACAACAUUGAAGACAUGAUUGGCUAUCGUCCGUGGCCGCUGAUGAAGUAUUGCUGGCUUUACGUUACCCCUGGUGUUUGUCUGGGCACCUUCAUCUUUUCAGUGGUGAAGUACAAACCUCUCAAGUUCAACAAAACCUACACCUACCCGACCUGGGCCUACGCUCUUGGCUGGUUUCUUGGACUUUUUUGCGUUCUCCUGGUUCCACUGUGGAUCAUCUUCAAACUUACUCAGAUGAAAGGAACAAUAUCUCAGAAUUUCAUGCAGCUUUGCCGUCCUGAAAACAAGACACAAAACACAGAGAACCAGCCUGAGCAAUGUCCUCUGAACCCAGACAACACGCUGACUCCUGCUGCCAACGAAUACAAGGGAAGUGGUGGAUCUGAGAUGGAGAUGCAAGUAGCCCCCCCCACCCCCCUCGGCAGCAACUCGGGCACGUUUCGGCCACCCGAUCCUCCCCUAUUGUUCUAACUUCCACCUCCCCACCUGUUCCCCUAAUCAGCUCUUAUUAUUUAUACAGACCUUGCCACUCAUUUCCUUUCAGAUUGCCUAAUGUGGUUUGCGGUUGUCUUGCUUUUCUUUACCUGCAUGUUUUGUCAUUUUCCUGGUUUACCUGCCUGCCCUCUGACUUGGCCAAAGUUUGCCAAUGUCGAUUUCCGCCUGCAGAGCCUUAAUAAAGGUGAAAUGUUUUGAACUUCUACCAGUGUCUUUGAGUUAUGCUACUGAGUUCUCUUAAACGUGAGCCAUGACUCUCAAGGCCUCGGUCACACAACAUGAGUUUAGCUCUGAUUUUCCACUUGCAGACAGUGUUUGGAGAUUUUGUGCUGGCGAAUCAGCACUCAGUAUUGGCGGCCUUAAAAAAAAAAAUGCAACUUGAGACUCGCCAAUGCAUCACACUGACAGGUGUGGCAACAUGAAGUGCACUUUAUUUACCUGGAUAGAGCCUUAAACUUGCUGCGUCUCAGAUCAGAUACUUCAAUCAGUACACAUGUAAAACACAGUUGGAUGGCAUAGUGUUUGAAUUCUGGUGGUUCCACAAAGUUGGCUGCCAUUGAGAGAAAGUAGUGUCUUUAGUUUUACACUCAACUUUUAACCACUUUGAGGAACUCUGUGUGCACUUCAUGUCAUACUUCUCAGUGUAACUCUAAAUAUCAAGUGAGUGUGGAACUCAUGUUUAAAGACAAAGAUUUAACAUUGAUGUCAAACAUUUUCUGUUUGUGAUUACACACUCUGAAUAUCUGAGAAGAACUUUCAAUUGUCCCAAAGAGUGAGAUAUAUGAAUUAUCAUAUGAUAGUGAGUAUAAGUUUGGAGUUAUAAUGAAGGAAGGAUGAAAAAGGGAAAUGAAGUACAACCACCUGAUUAUUUUGGCUAAAGAAUUUAUCCACAGAUAAGACAAAUAAAAAGUAUACACAAAAGUAUGUUAAUGCCAGACAACUGUUCUCAGUCUUCAUGUUUUAAAGAUGCUCUGAAAUGUAAUAAAUCAAACAAGCUUUGGUUAUUUACAAAAACACAUGGUAUAUUUCUAUUUAGAUCUGACUCUUGUCUUCUCUUAGUUUUACGUAUCUGUUUUCAGUCUCUGAUUUGUACUGUUUGUUGUUGCCAAUUUGAUAAAGUAUUGUCAGAGUUUGUGUAUACAAUAAAAAGAUAAUUUAGAUUUUUUUA